UUGGACGUGGGGGGGGGGGGGCGGGGAGAUCCCGGAUCGAUCGAGAAGAUAGAAACGAUGAUGGGGUACGGCCGUUGCGGAAUUAUUAAUGGACUGGCAGUGGCGGCAGCAGUAGUGGUAGUAAUGAUGAUGGGAUGGGGGGCUGCGCAGACGCCGUCGACGGUGCCGUCGUGCGCGGAGAAGCUGGUGCCGUGCCAGCCGUACAUGAACGCGACGUCGCGGCCGCCGGAUGCGUGCUGCAGGCCGCUGCGGGAGGCCGUGACGAACGAGCUGGCGUGCCUCUGCGCCAUCUUCGACAACCCCACCAUCCGCGCCGCCUUCGGCAUCGACCCCAAAAAGAGCUUCCAGCUCGCCACCUACUGCGGCGUCGACUCCUCCCAGCACCAGUGCCCCGCCGCCGGAGCUCCAACACCCUCGACCACCAACAACAGCCCUCCAGCUACUCCUGGGGGAGGCAAUAGUGCAGGGCAUAGAAUGAAUGGAAUGGGGAUGAUAGGCUUGAUGAGCUUUUUCUUAUUUUGUUGGUCCAUUUUUUAUUAGAGAGAGAGAGAGAGAGAGAGAUUAUGCUCCCUCAAUUGCUCUUUGGUACUACUAAUUAUUGUGAACUCAAGAAACUAUGUUUGCAUAUUCGAUAUGUACUAAAGAUUCACUCAUUACAUUACAUUUUUCUGUUAUUUACUAUACGUUUUAGUCAGCCAAUUUCCUGAUUCCAAA